AUGGUUAAUGAAAUUUUAAGAGUUAGUCAUUUUUAUGCAGAAAGUGCUAGAGAUUUGAUUCGACGUUACUAUAACCUACAAAGUAAAUAUAAUGAAAUAACAAAUUUCCUAAUACCCAAACAAUGGAACCAUAAACUUAUCUCCAUAGAUGAUGUCUUUAGCGCCAGUACUUUAUGCAGUGAGCUAUUGCAAUUGGAACCGGAGACUCAAAUAAAUGGUAUUGUCUAUAUAAUGGAUAUGCAGGGUUUAACAUUGGGUCGUGCCUUACACUAUACACCCUAUAGGACUAAACGUCUUCUGGAUAUACAAAGUAAUAUACCUUUAAGGAUCAAAGGUUUUCAUGUAGUCAAUCAACCGAAAAUCUUUCAACCGAUUUAUGCUGCUGCCAAACCGUUUUUUACCACAAAAUUUGCCAAACGUAUAGUUUUACAUGGUUCCAAUUAUGAGUCUUUACAUCGUUAUACCAUAUUCCGAACUUUUUAG